AUGGCCGAAACGGAAUCCAAGGCCCUCGUUCGCAAGCGGACCGAUACAGAACUCAUGCCGCCGCCGCAGCAGCAGCCGUCAGCGAAGCGAAUAAAGCGACCAAAGAAUGUGCUCGACGAAAUUACCUACACCGAGGCGCUCUCCGAAAUUAUCGCCCGAGAUUUCUUCCCCGGUCUUCUCGAAAGUCAAACACAGCAGGAAUAUUUGGAUGCUCUAGAAUCCAAGGACGAGGAAUGGAUAUCCAGCGCGACGAGGCGGCUAAAAAAUGUCAUGACACCGGGUCGGCGGCGCAUGCCGUCGGCUAGCACUCUACCACAGCCAGCAGAUACCUCCAGAGGGUUUGCCGGCGAUACACCUGCAACUGUACAGUCAACUCCAGCAGCGACGACAGUAGCGCCUGAAAAGCCAGCUGUCGACACCAGUCUGGGUCUGGCGGCGUUCCAGUCUCGGUAUACCAGCGAGGACAAUGAGAGCUUCUACAAACUUCUCGACAAACAGAAUCAGAAAAAGGCCGAGAAGUAUGCGUGGUUAUGGACUGGGAACAAGAUGCCCUCAAAGAUGCAGUUGAAGCAGAAGGAAGUCGAGGAAAGGAUCAGCAAGACGAGAAGUUUGGCCGAUGACGGAUAUAAAAAGAUGCAGUUAGCCAUCAAGGACAAAGAUGAUCGGAAAGCUGCGCCCGAGUACUGGAAGUGGCAACCGAGGAACGAUCUCAUGUUCAAGCCCGAUGGGGUGGAGGACGCAAUGGAGACCAUAGCCGAACGGGCUGAGGCGGCAUCAAGGGCGCCCCCAAAGGAGAUUGUGUAUGCCAACACAAGGGCUCCGAACCCCAAUAUUGUCGUUCAGCAGGACCCGUCUCGUCCGCCGUCACCGACAUUGUCUGCUAUGCGUGAUGCGAUUGCGGGCCGGCCAAGAGCAGCAGACCUGGACUCGGCUACAGGCGGUGGCAGUGAGACGCCACGUGUGAAUGGGUAUGCCUUUGUUGAUGAUGAGGAUCCGGCCCCAGAGUCUGCGAGGAAGCCGACAGAGUCGAUCCUCAGUCUCAGCGGUGGCGACGCUACUGCGAACCCGUUCAAGCUCCAGGAUCGUCGGAAAAGGGAAGACCUGCAUCACCGGAUGGUUGAUAGGAUCGCAGAGUCGCGUCGGACUGCAUCCAGGAUUGGCAUGGUGGGCAAGGAAGUCAAGACGCCAGUUCCAAAGUUCCCCAGCAGUCCUAGGGUUACAGGAGGCCUCACACCAGCAGCACAGAGAUUAUGGAGUAACCUAGGUGGUGCAGGGCGAAAGUCGGACUCAAUAACACCAUUCGACCAUCGGGCUGCACCGCGAGCCAAGCCGGCUUUGCCGAAGCGGGCGACUCCGAAAACAUAA